CCCACUGCUCUUGCGAGCAGCCGCUGGCUCCUCUCUCCUGCUAGGCUCCGCCGGAGUGGGAUCGCGCAGGCGCAGCGUGGUGCUGAGCCCGGAGUAGCGGAGCGGGACCCGAGAGAAUCGGCAUCCAGGACCUGCCAGAAGCCAGGAGAAAAAUGGGGAGGGUUUUCCUCACAGGAGAAAAAGCCAAUUCAGUACUAAAACGCUACCCAAGAGCCAAUGGGCUCUUUGAAGAAAUAAGACAGGGCAACAUUGAGCGUGAAUGCAAAGAAGAAGUCUGUACAUUUGAAGAAGCCAGAGAAGCUUUUGAAAAUAAUGAAAAAACGAAGGAGUUUUGGAGCACCUACACAAAAGCACAGCAAGGAGAGACGAGCAGAGGAAGUGACUGGUUUCAAUUUUAUCUUACUUUUCCAUUAAUCUUUGGCCUCUUCAUUAUUCUCCUUGUCAUUUUUCUCAUCUGGAGAUGCUUUCUAAGAAACAAAACCCGUAGACAGACAGUGACUGAAGGCCACAUUCCUUUCCCUCCGCAUCUUAAUAUUAUUAAUCCACCUCCUCCACCAGAUGAAGUCUUUGAUAACAGUGGAUUGUCUCCGGGCUUUUUGGAAUAUGUAGUUGGGCGCUCAGAUUCUGUGUCCACUCGUCUGUCCAAUUGUGAUCCUCCACCAACCUAUGAGGAAGCCACUGGCCAAGUGAACCUGCAGAGGAGUGAAACAGAACCUCAUUUAGACCCACCACCGGAAUAUGAAGACAUAGUCAACUCUAGCUCAGCCAGUGCCAUUGCUAUGGUGCCUGUGGUCACCACCAUCAAAUGAAGCUGCAAGCUUCUUUUUACUCUAAUCAUUUUUAAAAUACUAAUGAAAGAUCUUUCUAGCACUUUACCACUACAUAAAUGUGCAUUGACUUAUUCUAUUAGACUCUGACAGCAUACCACUUCACAUUUACUGCGUUUGAUUUUUAGUUUUGUUUCUUAUUAUAAAAUCAUAUCCAUGCUCCUUUUUGGAAGAGGAAAUAUGUGAAGGAAAGACAUGCCAGUGGAGGUCUUUAUGUGCUGUGAUGCCAUACACAUGUACAUGUUUACAUAUGUGUGUAUAUUCAUAUAGCCACGUGUGCAUCAUUCAAUAUGUGUGUAACUCUCAUAAAAUGAAUUAACUGCUACCAAACCAACCAGAAAGAUAUCAAUACUCACCAAAAUUGGAAAACAAAGGGAGCGAUACCUACAGUUUAUAUGAUAGAUAGCCAGCAACCUGCAUGUUUUCUAAUUAUUACAGAUGUUUGUUAACCUUUUUUUCUUCUUCCUUGAAAGGAAAUAAUGCAUGGAGCUUAUUCACAAUUUUAGAGACAUCUCAGAGGGAGGGAAAGAGAGAGUCAGAGAGAGAGAGAGCAUGCAUGUACAUAUAAUGAAUGAUAACUUGGUUAUAGUGUAUCGCAAGGAAAUCUUUGGUCAUUUUUGAUGUUUAGCUCAUUUUGUAUUAAGGUUUUUCUUGGCUGACUACUAUCCCCCUCUUCAAAGCUUGCAUCUUUGAGUGUCUCAUACCAUUUGCAUUAAUAUCUUGGUUGGAAGGAUUUCCAGGCAGUGAAUAAUUGAUGUAUUGGAUGUAUGUGUUAAUGACAGGGAGGAGAUACUAAUGCCUCCUUUACUCAGUUUCUGGGGAAAUAAUUAUUUUCUUCAUGCUAUUUCGUAGCCUUUUAUACUAAUUUUUUUUCUUUGCACCACAGACUCUUCAUGCACUGAAGAGUUUAGUUAAAAUCAAAUCUUUGGAAUUAUUUUCUUACUGUUUUGUAUAGGCUGAAAUCUUCUCUUCAAGAUUAUUAGGACACAAUUUUCAGUUCAGUUAUAAACUGUUACUUUUGUAUUGUUGUUCAGUUGAUGGAAGAAGAUUACAAAGGAUCUGCUGCAGCAGGUACAUAAUUUAGUUAUAGUUCCACAUAGAUCUCAUUAUUGUGACUAUUUCAUUUUAUAGUUCCAUCAGAUCCUUUUUAACUGAAGCAGUUUUACUUCUCCCUUGGCACAGAGGGAACAGGCUGUGAAUGAACAGCCAAAAUAAACCAGCUCAGAAAGAAGAAAAAAAGGUCAAAUGAAAUCAUGUGUGCACAAGUAAUUUGUACAAUAUGAAGAACUAUUCAAGUGUAAGAUCCUAAUAUUAUUGCACUUCAGGGAGAAAUUUCUUCAUCUAUUUCCCUAAAAUUGAUCAAAGCUUUCACAUAAUGAAAAAUAGAGCAGGCUGCUCUGUAAAUAGCUAACAUAUUCCUAAUCUGAAUGUAUAAACUGCUCCUUAACUGUACCAAAGCCGUGCCAAUUUAAAUAUGUUUGCCAAUGCAACACAGACAGGGUAAAGAAAUGCUGGAAAUCUUAUUAAAUUGUGUGGAUUAUUUAACAGAUUUCAUAGGUUUCACAGACAAAGAUUAUAUCUUGAUGAUGGUCUCAGAAAUGACUAUUGCUUUCAAUUUUGUCAUGAGUACAUGAUGAUCUUCAGUUUCUAAAUUGUGAAGGUGGGAGUACUUGAUCCAGCGUACAUGUAGAGUUCUAAGUUGUUUUUGACUGAAAAUUAAGGCUCCUUUGAUUGGGAAUGUUUUGUCACUAAUAUCAGACUUUAAAUGAGACCAGAAAUUUCCAAAUUAUGGCCAAUAGACCCCUGGAGUUCCUUAAGACUUUCAGCAGAUCUGUGAAGUCAAAAUAUUUUCCUCAUAGUUGAAAACAUUUUCUUUUUACUCUAAUUCUCUCAAAACAGAGUUAAAUGGAAAACAAUGACGUCUUCCCACACAUCUUUUUUCUGUUUUAGAAAAUGUUGCUAUUUUUCAUAAAAAUAACGUUUGUUUAUAUUGACAUAUAAUGAAGUUUUUUGAAUUUUAGGUGACUCAGUACUUUGAUUUUUCAGUUCAUUUCUAAUAUGAUAAAUAUGGACAGAUAGAAAUUUCAUAAACAAAAGCUAUUUGGUCUCAAGAUCCCCCCUCCCCAAAAUUUUAAGAGUCUAAAGGAAGUCCAGAGACCAAAAAUUUGAGAACUACAAGAUUAGACAAAGGAAGAGGAAAUGCUACCACUAGAUAUCUAUAACUUUAGGUAUUUUGUAACUUUAUUUUUUAAUUAUAAGGUCCUGAAUACUGGAUUUAAUGUUUCCUCUUAGAGAUACCCGAAUCACAGUGUAAGAAUGAAAGAUAAUUCUAGAAACAAAAGCCAAAUGUUUAGUCUGAUCAAUAAUGAUAGCCUUUGAGAUUGUUGGUUAAAGAAAACACUACUCCAUAGAAUAGCUGCAUCACCAUAAAUUUCAUGGCAGCUUUUCCACGAUAAUGAGAGAGUAAACAAAAUGCUACUUCCUUCAGGAAACGUUAUCUUACAUUUGUUUAUUUUGUUUGAAUAUAGUUUUCAUAUUUUAAAAAUCCCUUUUGCUAUCCCUUCUGCUUUUAUAAACUGAGUUUCUUAACAUUUAUUAUAAUUAAGGGGCUUAUCUGGAAUAAUAUAUUUUUUAUGCUUUUGCCUUUCUUACCUGACUGAUAAUGCAUUCACCUUUGAUCUUUUUAAAUAAAGCUUUAUUUUUGCAGAAUGUACUUAAUAACUUUCUAAGCAGUAACUAAAUCCAAAUAACCAGUUUGUAUUAAAUAAAAGAAUCUUCUCAUUGUCCUUCCAGUGGGAUGAUUUACAAACUUCCACAUGCAGUGAUUAUGUCUAGAGUCCUUGAACUGGCACUUUUUGCUUCCCUGCUCUAAAUGUCAAAAUAAAUUGUAUAUGUUUAAAGUAGAUUUAUGAUUUCUUCUUUUCCUCUUGACCAAUAAAAAUGAAGAGAUGUUCUAUUUCUUUCAUUGCUAAUGAUAACUUCUUCAAGGUUGAUGAUCUGAUCCAGUAACUAUGCAGGUAGCUUUAACUUGGUUCUGUGUAAAUAGCAUGUAUUUUAUUAUAAUAUUUCAGAUUUUCAAAUGCUUGGUUUACAUUAAAUUAUGGUAUUUAACUAUUUUUACGUUUAUACUACAUAGGGUUUUCUUAUGUUUCUGUGUUUGGGGUAUGCUAAAUAAAGCUAUUUUUAAACCCAA